GCAAAGUAAUGCACGGGGGAUAACUCUGAUCUGCGCAUAUUGUGGCCGGCAUUGUUCCAGGAGUGGAAACAGGUUUCUGAAUUAUAAGUGACAUUGAUACUAAAAAAACAAUGGCAACCCCAGCAGAUGAGGCAGCUGCAGUGUCUGCUGCCGAAACUGUUCAAUCUGAGCAUGAAGAACCUGAUAAAGAGCAAGAAGAAGUGGGGGAAGCUGAUGAGGAACAAGGAGAAGAAAUGGACGAAGCUGAUGAGGAACAAGAGGAAGAAAUUGAGGAUGAAGAAGGGGUAGAAAUGUUUAUGACAGAUAACUGGGAUGUUGUAGAUGAAGCAUCAGGAUCUGAACAUGACGAUGAUGAGGGAGAGAUUGAUCAUGACAUAGAGAUAGAUGACAAUGAAAUGCCUACAGGUCCUGAGUAUGAGGCAGAUGGAGACCUUGAAGAUGAUAUGGAACCUAGUUAUGAUGAUGAACACAUUGAAGAAGAGGGUAACAUACAAGAGGAGACUGGAGAACUUGAUGAAAGUGAUCAAAAAGAGGAUUCUUCAUCUGCAAAGCAAACUGAUGUUGCAGAAAGUAACGAAAGUAAAACAGCAGAUGUUAAAUCUAAGGACACUUUAGAUAAAGAUGAAAAUAAAACAGAAUCAACAGAGGAAAAUGCUGACCAAAAGCAAGCAGGAGAUAAAGAUGUGAACACUGACGGCGAUGACGCUGAAAAGGGGGCUGCAGAAGUUAAAGGUGAUGAUGCAGACAAAUCCGAUAAAAAGGAAAGUGGUGAUUCUGGAAAAGAUGGAACCGAAGAAAAGAAUUCAAAGGAUAAGGUUGAGGGAGAAGAGAAAACAGCUACCAAAAAAGUUGAAAAAAACCCAGAGGGAGGCAAAAAAGACACUGCUAAAUCCAAGGGUGAUAAAAAAGAUGCCGGAAAGGGUGCCAACUCCAGAGCUGAAGCUAAAGCUAGGGCUGAGGCUGAGGCAAAAGCUAGAGCUGAAGCAAGAGCCAAGGCUGAUGCAAGGAGAAAGGCUGAGCAUGAAGCCAUGACAAAGGAAUGGGACAAUUUGGUUGUGACCUUGAGUGAAGUGGAGGUGAGAAACUUUAAAGCUGAUGACUUUUUCCUCUGCCUUUGCAAAGCAAAGGAAAUCCAUAUUGAUUUUGAAGAUCUGAAUGGAAUGCGUACACUGGGGAAAAUGAAAGUUGCUUUCAAUGCUUCAAGUCCAGUGCGAUAUGAAAGUCUUGUCAAAAGUCUGGCCAACCUUAGGCUGCUGGGAAUAAAGAUUGAUGAAUGCUCUGAACAUUUGUUGAAGAAAACAAAUGAUUUCUGCAGAAGAUUGGGUCUACAAGAAGGCCAUCCCAGGGACAGGUCAUUGUUCCUGAAGAGUUUACCUGAAGAUACGACAGACUUGUCACUGAAGGAAUACAUACCUAAUAUGGUCAGGGCUUGUGUAGCCCGCAAGCCAGGGGGCAAGGUUGUUGGCUGGGCUGUAGUAGAAAUGCCAACUAAGUCAGAAUGUCUUGCAUUUCUUCAUGAAAAUAAGUUCAUCAAAAUCGGAAGCCUUCAAGUGAGAGUCAGCAGGAUGACAUCGAUAGGAAAACCUGAGAUUCCAUCGACACCUCGUGUGCAGCAGUGGCUGUGGGGGAAACCCUUCUAUUUGUCUGACAAGAGAAGGGAGUAUUGGAACAACAAAAAGAAUGUCCUCCAAGACAGUCGACCUACCCAGGAUAGACGACCUGUUGGCAGGUUCAGUCGCGGCAACUUCAGGGACAACAAGUUCUUGAACACCCGUGGCAGGAGGCCCAACAUGAGGGGCACUGGCCUGAGGUCGGGCAUGAACUUGGGAAUGAGAACAAAUAUGGGCAUACCCGGGCUCAAUGUCAGCUUAGGGGCUGCAAACAUGGGUGGCAUGGGAAUGGGCCCGUCCAACAUGGGGAACAUGAUGGGACAGGGAAUGGGUGGAAACAUGGGGGGUCUCAACAUGAGAUCAACUAUGGGAAUGGGAAAUAUGGGAAUGGCAUCUAGCAUGGGGGGGAUGGGAACUGGAAUGAUGGGAAAUAUGGGUGGUGCAGGCGUAGGAAUGGGCAUGGGUGGAAAUUCCAUGGGGGGCCUUAACAUGAACCAAGGAAUGGGCCAAAUGGGGUCAGAUAUGCGUCAAAUGAGAAGCAAUAUCUCGUCAAGGUCAAGAAGUCGGGAUAGACUUGACCGGAGUCCUUCCCAGGGCAGAGGUUUUGGAUCAGAUAGGUCCUUCAGUGAUCAGCGUCAAAGGAGGAGCACUGGGGGUACCAUGGAGACAGGUCGCCUCAAUAACGGGAGAGGGUCGUCUAGGGAUGGAGGAAUGAGGCGAACCAGUGAUAUCAAUGUACGGCCAUCAAGAGGAAACAGGGGCAAUUUUACUCAAAGAGGCAGUUAUUCAGGUGGAAGGGGAGGUAACUACAGAGGUGGGCGAGACAGUAGAAGUAACUUUGAUUCAGGCAGAGAUGAAGGCUUUGAUAGAAAUCGUAGUCCAGUACGGAGUAGAAGAGACAGUGGUGACUUAAGCCGAGACUACAGGGAUUACAACAAAGGUGGACAUUUUAGUGACCACAGUGACUAUGAGGAUGACUACAACCGAGGGGGAUCCCAUCGCAGCCGAGAUGAUGACUAUGAUCGUGAAUAUGAUCGGCCAUCAAGAUCGUCGGACAGGAUGGGACCGAGCUCAGCACCAAAGAGGCAGCAGCAACAGAUCACCAGGAGGAGGGAGAGAAGCCCUGUUUGGGAUGACAGAGACUAUGACUCACACGACAUGGGCCUAGACGAUGAUUCCAGGGGAAGAGGAGUUAAAAAGACAGCUUCGCGCAGGGACCUUUCUGAAAAGCUUGGAGUUGUCCUCUCAAACGAAAGACAAGGUGUCCAGGAUGACCGUGCCAUGGUCGCUCUCCUCCAGACAGCUCUAGAUGCUAUGCAAAAGAAAGAAGGGAGUAAGUCUCCAGCCCGUGGCUCUGCCAGCAGUUCACUGGGACGUCCAGUCGCAGUUCCCUCUACACGGAGAGCAAAUCCUGUUGCCCUAAAAAGGAGGAAACCCUAUGAUGAGGAUCACUCACAAAUGCAGAAAAGGCCAAGAGAAGAAUUUUCUCCACAAAGUUCUACAAUGGGCCGUACCUCUACAAUGGGAAGUGGAGGCUACUCUGGGGGGCAGACAUCAUACCAAUACCGCUCCCCAAUACAGAACCAGUACUCCGCCUCCAAACCUAGCUUCGGAGCAACACGAGGGGGAGUGAGCAGAGGUGGAAGAGGGAGUAUGCGUGGAGGAAAUAUGAGAGGAGCAGCCAGAGGAGCAGCCAGAGGAACGACCCGAGGAGGACCAAGUCGUGGAGGAGCAGGCAGAGGGGGAUACAACCAAGGAGGAAAUAGACAACAAAUGGGUAUGGGUGGUAGUCAAGGAAUUGCAAGGAACUACGAUGACUACUAGGGAAGGCCUCAAUCAAUCACAUCCACAAUACAAACGUUGUGGCCUUGGAAAUACAAAGACUAUUGAAGGAAGCCAUGCAGCAGUGACUAGGUUGAUAUUGCAUUGAUUAGUAGACAGAUCACCUAGUGUUAAGCCCUGUGCAUUGUGUUCAUUGUAUUCUUUAUCCAUGUAGAAGACAAUAUAGGACUAGGAUGUUGGAGAGGUAGAGCAAAAUACUCUAUCACCAUAGGACUGAAGACCAUCAAUGCAAGUCUAUCAGCAAAUUUUAAAAAGAAUGAAAAUAGUUUCCGAGGUUGUAGAAUGUGUGAUCAUGUUUUAUUUUAUAUAAAAACAAUAUAUUUGACAUGUGACGUCUGGUCACAACAAGACAGUUGCAAUCAACAUGGCAAGUAUUUCAUGUUUCAUUUACAAUGAUUGUGAGUUUAAUCACAAUUUACAAUUACCUGGUAUGUAAAUAUUCUCAGAACUAUUUUUGGGGACAGAUUGAAAGAUGGAUAUGACCAUCUUUCUGCAGAAUGUAAUUUUUCUAACAAACUUAAGAAAGGUGAUUUUGUUUGUGAAUUCCAGCUUGCAUUAAACUCACCUAUGGUGGAUUUCUCUUAUUCCACCUGUAGAUGUCAUUCUUACAACCUCUUUGUGCAGGUAAAUAGACUGAAUGAUCUUUUGUCAUGUUUCUUCAUUGAUUUCUUUAGAAUGGUUAUUGUAACAUAUCUUACAACAUGUAUAUUUCAUGAGUCAUUGCACUUCCCACAUCAUAUUAAAUGUUUUACACUUCAUUUCUUUUGAUAUCCUGGUGGAUAAUAGGGCCGAUACAUUGUAAAUUAGAGGCAUAUUUGAAAUCGGGUAAUAGAUUUACAAUUCCAUCUGGAAUAAUCUACAAUUAAAUUAAAGGCAAUGUAGAUAGUA